GGUAAUGACAGUAUAACUUAUAAAGAUCAAAAUACCGAAAAAAAAUAAAAAACAAAACAAAACAAAAAACAUCAUAAUAAAAUGUACACAAUUCAAAAACUCAUUCAUACACAAAUAAAUAUCCGGGAAAUCUAAUUCCACUGUUAACCAACUACAUAAACAGUCAAAUCGAUCGCAAAUCACGGCAACUGCAAACGUUUGCAUAAUGGAGCCAACUCUAACACCUUACUAUAUAGGCCUGGAUAGAUUUAUCAAAGGACUCGCUCAGCUCGAGAACAAUUCGAUACACUUCCCGGCCAAUGGGAGCUUAAGCAAAAACGAACACAUGGACAACAAUGCGAACAUGGCUAGCAACGGUGAAAUUCCAAAUCGGCUGAAACCCAAUAACUAUGAAGUCAAUAUGCGCACUGAUAAUGAACUGCUUGUCUUCGAAAUUGUCGAUCCGAGUGAGAUGACACAGGAGCAACUAGACUAUGUCCAGAAUUGUGAUCUCUUUUCACCCGACAUGAUUCCGUCGACUUCUAGUAAGCGCCUGUACGAAAGGCAGGGAACGAGAACUAUGAGCCAGGUUGAGAACAAUUGGGUGCCACCGCCCGCACCACCAUUGCCUGUCUCUGAAGAUUUCAAUCUUUAUACGGAAAAUUUUCCACCACUGCCAGUGCCAAAGCGCAAUGGGAUGCGAAAACACUAACCAGGGAUCCAUUUAUAUAAAAUACAUAAUUUUUCUAUUUGGAGACGGUGAAAGUCACAUGCGCACAGUUUCAGCAUUAGGUUUCAUCACGAAAUUAGGGUACUUUUACAUUCAAAUAUAUUGGAUCUGUCACUUUAAA